AUGUUGAGUGGAGAAGGGGAGAGGGUGAGAGGGGUCAGUCUGUUGGGACUGUUAACUACUCUGGCCAUGGGCCCACUCUGAAAUGGGACUAAUUAGAGAGAGAGAUUGACUGUUUUUUCCCCCAGUGAAAUGUCGCCGGAGAAGAUGGCUGCCGUUUUACAGCCCUCUAACCAAUUGUACUAUUAUGUGUGUUUUUUCGUGGUACUUGUAAUUUAUUCUGUACAUAAUGUUUCUGCCACCGUCUCUUAUGACCAAAAAGAGCUUCUGGAUAUCAGGACAGCGAUUACUUACCUCGUAUUGGACAAAGAUUUUUUCUUCAACGAGUCGGACGCGAAGGAUAUUCUACAGACACCCGACAAGGCCCAAAUCCCCAUCAUUCGUAUUAGAAAGAGACGGAGAUAUCGUGGACGUAGGUCGGGGUGCCUUGUAAGGAUCCAACGGCGAGCAAGUAAACUGCCUCUUCCAUCAAUCCUAUUAGCCAAUGUUCAAUCAUUUGAAAAUAAAUUGUACGACCUAAGAUUAAGGUUAUCCUACCAGCGGGACAUUAAAAACUGUAAUAUCUUAUGUUUCACCGAGUCGUGGCUGAACGACGACAUAGAUAACAAACAGCUGGCGGGAUAUACGCUAAAUCGGGAGGAUAGAAUGGCUGACUCCGGUAAGACAAGGGGUGGCGGUAUGUGUGUAUUUGUAAACAACAGCUGGUGCAUAAAAUCUAAUACUAAGGAAGUCUCAAGGUUUUGCUCGCCUGAGGUAGAGUAUCCCAUGAUAAGCAGUAGACCACACUAUUUACCAAGAGAGUUUUCAUCUAUAUUUUUCGUAGCUGUCUAUUUACCACCACAAACCGAUGCUGGCACUAAGAUUGCACUCAAUGAGCUGUAUAAGGCCAUAAGCAAACAGUAAAACGCUAAUCCAGAGGCAGCGUUCCUAGUGGCCGGGGACUUUAAUGCAGGAAAACUUAAAUCCGUUCUACCUCCUUUCUACCUGCAUGUUAAAUGUGCAACCAGAGGAAAAAAAACUCUAGACCACCUUUACUCCACACACAGAGAUGCGUACAAAGCUCUCCCUCGCCCUCCAUUUGGCAAAUCUGACCAUAACUCUAUCCUCCUGAUUCCUGCUUAUAAGCAAAAACUAAAGCAGGAAGCACCAGUGACUCGGUUAAUAAGGAAGUGGUCAGAUGACGCAGAUGCUAAGCUACAGGACUGUUUUGCUAGCACAGACUGGAAUAUGUUCCGGGAUCCUUCCGAUAGCAUUGAGGAGUAAACCACAUCAGUCACUGGCCUCAUCAAUAAGUGCAUCGAUGACGUCGUCCCCACAGUGACCGUAUGUACAUACCCCAACCAGAAGCCAUGGAUUACAGGCAACAUCCGCACUGAGCUAAAGGGUAGAGCUGCCACUUUCAAGGAGCGGGACUCUAACCCGGACGCUUAUAAGAAAUCCUGCUAUGCCCAGGCAAAGAGUCAAUACAGGACUAAGAUUGAAUCGUACUACACCGGCUCUGACGCUCGUCGGAUGUGGCAGGACUUGAAAACUAUUACAGACUACAAAGGGAAGCACAGCCACGAGUUGCCCAGUGACACAAGCCUACCAGACGAGCUAAAUCACUUAUAUGCUCGCUUCGAGGCAAGCAACAUUGAAGCAUGCAUGAAAGCAUCAGCUGUUCCGGAUGACUAUGUGAUCACGCUCUCCGUAGCCGAUGCAGGCCCAGACGGAUUAUCAGGACGUGUACUCAGAGCAUGCGCUGACCAACUGGCAAGUGUCUUCACUGACAUUUCAACAUCCCUGACUGAAUCUGUAACACCAACAUGUUUAAAGCAGACCACCAUAGUCCUUGUGCCCAAGAACACUAAGAUAACUUGCCUAAAUGACUACCGACCCGUAGCACUCACGUCUGUAGCCACAUAAAUACCAUUAUCCCAGAAACCCUAGACCCACUCCAAUUUGCAACAGAUCCACAGAUGAUGCAAUCUCUAUUGCACUCCACACUGCCCUUUCCCACCUGGACAAGAGGAAAACCUAUGUGAGAAAGCUAUUAAUUGACUACAGCUCAGCGUUCAACACCAUAGUGCCCUCAAAGCUCAUCACUAAGCUAAGGACCCUGGGACUAAACACCUCCCUCUGCAACUGGAUCCUGGACUUCCUGACGGGCCACCUGCAGGUGGUAAGGGUAGGUAACAACACAUCUGCCACGCUGAUCCUCAACACGGGGGCCCCUCAGGGGUGCGUGCUCAGUCCCCUCCUGUCCUCCCUGUUCACGGCAGGCACGACUGCCGACGACACAACAGUGGUAGGCCUGAUCACCGACAACAAUGAGACAGCCUAUAGGGAGGAGGUCAGAGACCUGGCCGUGUGGUGCCAGGACAAAAACCUCUCCCUCAAUGUGAUCAAGACAAAGGAGAUGAUUGUGGACUACAGGAAAUAAAAGAGGACUGAGCACGCCCCCAUUCUCAUCGACGGGGCUGUAGAGGAACAGGUUGAGAGCUUCAAGUUCCUUGGUGUCCACAUCACCAACAAACUAUCAUGGUCCAAACACAUCAAGACAGUCGUGAAGAGGGCACGACAAAGCCUAUUCCCCCUCAGGAGACAGAAAAGAUUUGGUGUGGGUCCUCAGAUCCUCAAAAGGUUCUACAGCUGCACCAUCGAGAGCAUCACCGCCUGAUAUGGCAACUGUUCUGCGUACGGCCCAGUACAUCACUGGGGCAAAGCUUCCUGCCAGGACCUCUAUACCAGGCGGUGUCAGAGGAAGGCCCUCAAAAUUGUCAACGACUCCAGCCACCCUAGUCAUAGACUGUUCUCUCUGCUACCGCACGGCAAGCGGUACCGGAGCACCAGGUCUAGGUCCAAAAGGCUUCUUCACAGCUUCUACCCCCAAGCCGUAAGACUCCUGAACAGCUAAUCAUGGCUACCCAGACUAUUUGCAUUGCACGAUGGUAUACUGAGCAUGUCAUAUCAUGCAAUCAUAUUCAAUUAUUAUGAAACCAUCUUUCUUUGCUGCUUAUCAUCUUUAUUCCCCUGAUAAGUAACCUGGUUUAAGCCUGGAAAUGUCAUCUUUAUUACAGGUACUUAUCAUUCUAUUGUACAAUCUCCGGUGUUCUAGUAUUCAGUAAAUGGACGCUGCUGUGGGACCCAAGGUAGCAUUGGAGCGGUCCAAGUUGUCUGUGUAAUGGAUGGGAAUGCUUCUAAUCCGCUGGAAGGGAGAGUUUGUCUAACAUUAAAUUACAAGCACUGAUCCAGAGUGGCCAAAUUGUUCCAGAUUACCUUUUAGUAUGGGAUAAAUUAUCCUAUUCACAAUGUGUGUGUGUGACUUUUAGUAUGGUGUGAAUUAUCCUGUCCUCAGAGUUUACCACUCCUUGGCAUGCUGUCAUUCAGGGGGAACAGAUUGAUGCAGAAUUGUCUGGGAGAGACAUUUUGAAACAUCUGCUUAUGUGUGUUUUUGUGCAGGUUUCUAAGUGAUUGUGUGUGCAUAUGGUGGAAGGAAGAGUGUGUGCUGGGACUUGGGGUCUUCUCCUCAUGUUUAUGGUGUCACUCUCUGGCUGUUAACGUACCCCACCCCACCCCUACACAACACGUGCAUGCUGCUAUAGAGCACUGGGGAUUAGUCAUCACACACAUCAUAUGAGUGAGACUGACAAUAGCAACAGGCUGUCCAGUUGUAAAAGUUAACAUAACUUUCACACUAAAAACGAACCCCUUCUAUCCUCACCUCUCCUCUCUUUCUAUUCAAUUAGAGCUCUCUCUCUCUCCUCGCUGCCCCUAGAGUACAUCUCUCUCUCUCUUGCCCGCUCUCUCGCUCACUCUCUCUCUUUCUCUCUCUCUCACUUUCUCUCUCUCACUUUUUCUCUUUCUCUCUUGAUUUAUUUCUCUCUCUCUCUCUCUCUCUCUCUCUGUUUCACUCUCUCUGUCUCUCUCACUCAAUUUUUCUCUCUCACUUUCACUCACUCUCUAUUUAUGUAUCUCACUUUCUCUCUCUCUGUUUCUCUCUCUCUUUAUUUAUUUCUCUCACUUUCUCUCUCGCUCUCUGUUUCUCUUUCUCGCUCACUUUCUCUCUUUAAUUAUUUAUCUAUCUUUCUCUCUCACUUUCUCUCUCACUUUCUCUCACUCUCUCUCUGUUUCCCUCUCUCUCUCUCUCUGUUUCACUCUCUCUCACUCUCUCUCUCUGUUUCCCUCUCUCUCUCUCUCUCUCUGUUUCACUCGCUCUCUCUCUCUCUCUCUCUCUUCAUUUCUUUCUCUCACUUUUUUUCUUUCUCUCCCUCUCUCUUCUCUCAUCCCUGCCUUCAGUACUCCCUGUCUCCUCUCCCACUUCUCUGAUUAAUGAGGCUGUGUGUCAGAAUUCCCGUUUCCCUGGCCAUUCCUUUGCCAGUCCCGGCGCUGAGAGGGAGAAGCAGGAGAGCAAAGAACAUGGAGCGUUGAGAGCUUUGUGCCCCUGACAGCUGCGUGAGUUACACCAGGGGCCCGGCUCGGCCCCCAGGCCCCACUAGCUGGCCAGCCACAGAUGGACUUAGCAGAGCAAAGAAACUACUUUUCCACAUCCAUCCAUCUCCCUGUGUUUUCAUUCCCCAGCCAGUUUUUAUAGUGACAUGCUAAGUCCUGUGUCGACUGCUUAACAUCCACAUCUCACACUGAAAGUGACACAGGAACUAUUUGGAUAACAAUUAAAUAACAGUUAAAAAGUAGUUUACAUACAAAUGUUAUUUUUCCACAGAGUAGAUUAAUGGUAAAGGCAUCCAUGAGUGGGGCUGGACUACCGUCAAUCUCUACUGCUAUGUAAGGGUUAAGAACUUGCUCUUUCAAUGGAAUAAUUGUUUACCCAGAUAGUAGUCUAUUUGGCAGCGCUGUAGAACAAUCUCCAGAACAUCUCUGAUAAUGGGUUUUUAUACAGUGUAGAUGUGAGGCAGUUCAUGAGUGAGUAGUCCUUAAAAUGUCAUCAUGUAAUUCUCGCCUCUAUAUCUAGCUGGAGUAGACACAGUAGUGUGUGUCACGUUGUGUCCUGGUGCUGAGAGAGCUGGGCCUUGCAUUAGCAGUCUCUCUCCAUCACUCAGUCAGAUGCCAUGUGCCAGACUGUUGCUCUUGGCUCAGACAGACAGGAGGGGGGAAAUGUGUCAGUCUACUUUGCCCUCAGGCACGUUCUUCUAGACCCCUUAUUCUGCAGUAGUGUGUGUGUGUGUGUGUGUGUGUGUGUGUGUAUGUGUUCAGUUUCCUACCAGCCUAUUUAUUCACAUGCCUCCCUCUCCCCACCAUACUAAACUACAUUAGCUUCAGUAGUAGGUAAAGGACAUGUUGUCUAAAUCACAUCCUUAUGACUAAGCUAAUGUGACCGAAUUGUGUUCAUGUGAGUGGAACAGGGAUGCAGGCAGGCUGAAUGAGGCUCUAUGUGAACAGGAAGGGGACAACUAAGGGCCUUCUCUGUCUGAUUACAACCAUGCUCCUCUCAGCUGGGGGAAGUCAUCCCUAUGGACUAUAUACAGGACAGAAUUAUAUUGUGGUUAUGUGCUAUAUCAGCAGACAAAAUUGGAUCCCACACCUUGAAUUUAACAGGAAUUUGGUUCGGAUUGAAUGGUUGUUUUUCUCAAAGAGCAAUUGACUUUUGAGGCCUACGUGACAUGACUUUCAAAGGAUAGCCCUCGAGGAUUUGAUUGAGAAAUACACACUUUCAUAUUUUCUGGGAAUCUCUAGUCUUCUCUGGAAAGGAUCCCCAUAAAUCAGAAAUGCAUGACUUCUUGAUCCAUAUCAUCUGUCAAUGUGACUUUAUGGAUGACAUAUAUCAUCAAUCUGUGUAGCUGGAUCAUAUGUACUGAGGUUACUUAUAGGAUACAGAUGUAGGAUCUUAAUUUGAUCACCCUGUUGAAUUAAGAACAAUGCAGGACAUUUAAAACUUGUAGUGUAUUUGAUGUUUAAAGGUCACAUUUCCAGUUCCUGUAGGAUUAUUUUCCUGCUGUAGCAAACUGGCUCAAAUUAAGAUUCUACAUCUGUAUGUGUAUCAUGAAUCAAUUCAGGUCCAGGACAACAGCAGGAUGGUUCAAUCUGAACCAGUCAGUGUCCCCCGGGCCUAACCCAGACCAGACUACACUGCCAUGCUACUCAGUUUCCCCCCACUUCUCCCGCACACGGCUGUCAAAUGCCACACCCACACACACACACACACACACACACACACACACACACACCACACACACACACACACUGUCCAUCUGUCUGAACGGCACAGCCCAGCACGCGAUCUGGCUACAAAGAGAGGACAGAGGGGAGAGGGGCUAAACAGAUGUUCACUGGACCACCCUGGCCUGUGUUUGUUCAGUUUGCUCUGGGAACAGAGACACAGAUAUGCACAGUGUUAUGGAGUCUAUCUUGUUUGUAAUGGCACAGGUUGUUUGGAUUUAGCCCAAUCCCUGUUUGCAUGGGCCUUUGUGAGUGUGCUGCUUUCCUAAAGUGCAUACAAGAGUAUGCUCAUAUGUGCAUUGGGAAAUAUGCACCCGCAAGUGUGGCAGGGUGGGGUAGGGUGGGCCUCGAUAAUCACCCAGUUAGCAAGCUAUUAGUCGAUCAGCUUCAACUCAGUAAGAAAACGGAACCGUGAGACUGUCCUCAACCCUUCAUAAUAUGGCACAAUGUGACAGACAGAAUGCCAGAGAACAGAGAACAUGCCCCAUGUUCUGGAAGAGAUUAUUCUGUCCUGCUGAGUCACUGUCUUUAUGGGGAAAAGGGACACAUUGUCUGGGCCUCAGAGGCUGUCAAAGACAGAGGCUCAGGACACAGUUGUUUAUGAAGCCAGAUGACAGGCUGGGCCUGAAACUUUAUUGAGAAUGGCAUUAAUGAGAGAACAUGAACCAGUCUGAAUCUAGACUGACUGUGUCCAGCAGACUGAGGUCAUGAAUGGCCCACGCCAUGGAUGAAGGGCAAGAAACAGCUGGAGGGGAGGGAGAGAGGGAGAAUGGACUUUUCUUGGAAUGGUGUUUUGCAUACUUGAUGUGCAUUUAGUUUUUUCCUUCAUUAGGCUACAUCCUUUGGUGUUUGCGAUGGUCUCUGCUCCUCAGAGAGUGAAAGAAUAGGAAAAUAAUAUACAGACAGUCCUUGUGGGUAGAGAGACCAGAGAGUUGAUGGUUCACGUCCUGGGAACCACUUCCCCUGAAUAGUCUGUUUGUUUGCAGCAGUAUGGACAACAGGACCACCCUCGUCUUCCUGAGGGGAUAAAAGUCCUGCAGCUGGUUUGAUCAUGAGUAUAAAUCUGAGGUCUUCUACACUGUUCCGGCCUGUAGCCCUGUACACAGAGGUAGAGACUCACACACUGAGGAGAGAUAUACAUAGGGCUUGUUGUGCCUUGGGCUGCUGCUCCGACGGUGGAGCCACCAAAUGUUACUCUGGGCAGAGUUUUAUAGAUCCCAACCGCAGGACAAGCCAGAGGCUUUAGUGUAGUGGGGUGGCUCUCUGUGAGGCGUACUGACAGGAUACAGACAGAGGACUCCGAUAAUACUGGCAUGACGGGAUCCUGGGUUUUUCCAAUACGUCAAGCUCCAACUACUGCAUUGUCUAUUUUUAUGACUAAACAGCUGAGGAUUUGGCCGUUUGUUUAAAAUAUUACUUUGUGACCCAGAGGGCAGUAUACUGACUACUCCUUCCCCUAAAACACUGUAUUCUUUAACACAGAGGAAUGUACAGUAGGAAGCUCUGAAGCUGUAAUGGAUAUAAAUAGGGAAACAAUCACUCCAAUACAGCAGGUCACAGUCCUGACUUGUCUCAUAUGAAUGGACUGGUAGUGCUCGGUAGCUAGCUAUCACAUGCAUUGUGGGACUCAUUAAAGAGUAAAGAGGCUCUUAUCUGGCCUCAUUUGAAAAACGAAUAUCAGUCAAUUAUAUCUCAGGAGGUGCAGCCAUAUUGAUAUUCCAGAGCUCACUGACCCCGCUUUGAAUUCGAAGCGAGCAUGAGUGGAUGAUUGAGUGAAAUUAGGAUCCACGGUAAAUCUAGCCGACGUUAGGGGAACAUACCAGAGUAAUAGAGCAUAAUAUGUUUUUCCACAUGUCUCUGCUGCUAUGCUGCUCUAUGGCUGGCUGACUCUGUGGCAUUGAGCUAGGGGCCAAAUAGAGACAGGCCCUGUAAUGGAGCCAGCAGCAGUCUUUGAUAGUGUGUGUAAUCUUUAUAUUGGCUCUAUUUACAGGUUUUUCUCUGGUGUGGUUUGCUCCCCCCUGAGUUUUCCUUUACUCAUCCCACGGUUUCUUUACCACUCCUAAGGGCGGACCUGGCCCCCAGCAACAAAAAGAAAGAAAGAACGGAGAGAGAGAUUAGGAGAGAAGAGGGGGAUCGAGAGGAGAGAGAGAGAGAGAUAUCUAACGAGAGGAUCUCUAGAGAUCUCUAUAUGUUAUCUAUCUAUAUAUCUCUAUCUCUUGAGUCUAUCUCUAUUCUCUUUAUCUAUAUAUCUAUCUCUAUCUAUUGUUUUAUGUCUAUCUCUCUCUCUCUCUCUCUUUAUUCUCUCUCUAUGUAUAUAUCUAUAUGUAUAUCUAUGUCAUCUAUUUAUAAUAUAUAUGGUAUUUAUAAAUAUAUAUAUAUAUAUAUUAUAUAUAUCUCUCGAUUAUAUCGAUAUAUUGUAUAUUGUAUCUAUAUAUAUUUAUGUAUGAUAUAUCAUAAUAUGUAUGUAUAUAUCUAUAUAUUAUAUAUAUAUAUAUAUAUAUAUCUAUAUCUUCUAUAUUAAUAUAUUGUUAUAUAUAUAUAUGUAUAUAUAAUAUAUAUGUCUAUACUCUAUCUCUGAUCUCUCUCAUAUGUAUAUAUCUCUAUCUUAUUAUGUAUCUCUAUAUCUAUAUAAUAUAUAUAUGUAUGUAUAUUCUCUAUCAUCAAAUAUAUAUAUGGUCUCUCCUACUCUAUGUGCUAUAUAUAUUAUAUCUAUUGUUAAUAUAUAAUAUAUAUAUGUAUAUAUCUAUAUAUGUACUCUACAUAUAUAAUGUCUAUUCUAUAUAUAUAUAAUAUUAUAUGUAUGUAUGUAUAUCUACUAUAUAUAUAUAUAAUAUGUAUAUCUCUAUAUAAUAUAUAUAUAUAUAUGGAUUAUAUAUAGUAUAUAUAUAUAUAUAUGUAUAUAUAUAUUAUGUAAUAUAUAUAUAUAUAUAUGUAUGAUUAUAUAUAUUAUAUAUAUAUAUAUAUAAUAUAUAUAUAUAUAUAUUAUGUGUGUGGAUAUAUAUAUAUAUAUAUAUAUAUUUGUAUAUAUAUAUAUCUAUAUAUAUAUAUAAAUAAUAUAUAAUAUAUAUAUCUGUAUAUAUGUAUUAUUAUAUAUAUAUAUUGAGUAUAUUAUAUAGAUAUAUAUAUAGAUAUUAUUAUAUAGGUAGGUAUAUAUAUAGAUAUAUAGUUAUAUAUAUAUCUCUAUAUGUAUAUAUAUCUAUAUAUAUAUAUAUAUAUAUAUAUGUAUAUAUCUAUAUAUAAUAUGUAUAUAUAAACUAUAUAUAUAUACUAUAUUUUAAUAUAUGGUAUAUCUUAUAUACGUAUAUAUUAUAUAAAUCUAUAUGUAUCGUAUAUAUAUAUAUAUCUAUGUCCUCUAUAAUAUGUGAUAUAUAAAUAUAUCAAUAUAUAUAUUCUAUAUCUAUAUCUCUAUAUAUAUAUGUAUAUGUAUAUAGCUCUAUCAUUUAAUGUAUUAUCUAUUAUAGUGUAUGUCUAUAUCUAUAUAUAUAUCUAUCGCUCUCUUAUAUAUCUAAUCUCUCUUAUAUGUCUCUCUAUCUCUGUCUAUCUCUAUCUCUAUUGUCUCAUCUUCUCUCUGUCUCUCUCUCUCAUUGUCUAUCUCUAUAUCUCUAAUGUCUUCUCUAUAUAUAUAUAUAUAUAUAUGUAGUCUUCGCUAUCUCUAAUAUAUAUAUGUCUCUCUCUUCUCUAUGGUCUCUCUCCUCUCUAUGUAAUAUCUAUAUAUAAUAUUAUUCUAUAUAUAUCUAUUGUCUAUAUUAUAGUAUAUAUAUGUAUAUAUAUAUAUAUAUAUAUAUAUAGUAUGGUAGGUAUCUAUAUAUAUAUAUAUAUAUAUAAUGUAUAUAAUAUAUAUCUAUCUCUCUCUAUGUCUCUCUCUCUCUCCUCCUCUCUCUGUCCCUCUCUUUAUAUGCUCUCUCUCGCUCUAUAGGAUAUGUCUCUCUAUCUUUCUCUCUCUAUUCUUAUUCUCUCUCUCUAUCUCUCUCAUCUCUAUCGCGCUCUCUAUCUCUCUCUCUCUCUAGGGCUCUCUCUCUAUCUUCUCUCUCUAUCUCUCCUCUCUCUCUCUAUCUCUGUCUCUCUGUUCUCUCUCUCUCUCUUCUCUGCUCUCUCUCUCUCUCUCUAUAUAUAUAUAUAUAUAUAUGUAUGUCUCUCUAUAUAUAUAUAUUUCUCUCUCUCUCUCUCUAUGUCUCUCUCUCUCUCUCUCUCUCUCUAUGUCUCUCUCUCUCUCUCUAUGUCUCUCUCCCUCUCUCUCCCUCUCCCCUCUCUCUAAGGUGCUCCUGCAUAGACCAGCCUGACAAAUGGUGUAUUUAUUCAUCGGUCCCAGUCUUACCUUCAUGGACCUAGAGUUGUUGUGACAUAUGGUUGUCAGGGAGACUCUGGUGGUUCAUUAUACAAUAACUAGUGUGUACUGAAGCAAUAAGUCACGAGGUUUAGAAAUAGAUUUAUACUAUGGCAUUGUUGAAUACUCGCUUCUGAUUGGCUUGAAGGGCAUUCUAGAGCAUGCAUUAUUUCCCUAAAAAACACAGUUUAUUUGCACGGUAGCUAUUUGAUGGCUAAAGUUCUUACAUGUUCUAUGUUUGAGCUGAUUUUAAAACAAAAUUCGAAUUGAAAACAUUAUUGGCAUUGUUGAAUUCAAUUUUCAUAAUAGCAAGCUAGGACUGAUUUGGUUAGCUAAACUAGCAAGUCUGUUUGCUUGGUUACCAAGGCAACUACUGUCACUAUCUAUUAAACUUGCUAGCUACUUCAGUGGAUGUUGAACACAUUUCUACCUGCAAAUGAACACAUUUCUAGUGGUAAAUGAGUGAAAUUAUAGCCAUGGUAUAAAAGGGAUAAUCAAAUCGGGGCUCUAUGCGUUCUCUGGAAAAUAAUGCAACUCUGUUGAAGGCCGCGCCUCGUGGAACACACCUUCCACGUCGUUCAUUAUUUUCCAGAGAACGCAUAGCCCCUCAUUGAUUAUCCCUUACAUACACAUCUUAACAGAUUGGCAAUAUACUGUUGUGGUGUGUGUGCUUUUUUACCUUGCUCCUACACUCUUACGAGAAAAGGGUUCCAAAAGGUUUCUUCGGCUGUCCCCAUAGGAGAACCCUUUUUGGUUCCAGGUAGAACCCUUUUGGGUUCCAUCUACAUGGAACCCAAAAGGGUUCUACCUGGAGCCAAAAAUGUAUCUUCACACCAUGAUGUUUUCUGCCUUCACAGAGCUUCCAGUGUUCCCAAGGCUGAUGCACCAAAGGUAAGUACACUCCAGUGAAUCACUUACAGUCAAAUUCAUUAUUUAAGAUGAAAGGAUUAUGAUCAUGAGUAUUACUUUUUAAUGGGCAUAUUGACAGUUACCAGGAUAAUUUGCUAAAACAUAUGUGCUCAGGAGUUCAUCAAUGUGUUUGAGCAUGCUCACUGUACCCUUCUGAGACAAUGUUACACCACAUUUUGAUUGGCUGUUAUGGACAUUAUGAAAAGCUUGUGAAGGUGCUACCCUCAUGGAUAGCCCUAAGGCGCAUACCAAUGUUCUGGGGAGUGUGGCCCCUGCAUGAGUUUGCUGUGUGAUUUGCGGUGUGCAGUGUGUGAGUGUUGUGCAUGUAUGCCUCCCCACCCCCUUUUAGGACGAACCGCUGGAGAUCAUUAAGCCCGUGCCAAUCACCUACCCAGCCCCACCAUCCACAUUCACCAGCCCCUCCCCCCAACCCAGUGCUGCCUACAAUAAGACGGCCCGCCCCUUUGGCGGGGGUAGCAAUGUGGGUGCGGUCACUUCCUCCCUGACCGCCCCAAAGGUGGCCUCCAUCCCUUCUGCAUCGUCUGCUUUCACCCCCGCCGCCCCCUCCUCCCAGCAGCCCCAGCCUCCCUUCCCACUAGGCAGCCACUCCCGCUCUCCAGCCCCACCCAUCGCAGCCCCAACCAUCGCAGCCCCACCUAGCUCAGCCCCACCCCCCAGACCCAGCUCUGGCCGCUCCCCCUUCACCACCCCCUCCUCGUCCUCCUCCUCAUCCCCGGCCAGAGUGACAGCACCCUCCUCCAAUCCCGGUGCUCCGCAGUCCUCUUGCUAUAACACGCCCAUCAACCUAUACUCCAACACCAACGCCUGUGAGGUGGCCAUGGGACAGAGGCGGGGCCUGUUGGAAGCCCAGGGUGUGGUGGUCGACCAGAUCAAAGAGCAGUUCAAUGGGUGAGUUGCACUAACCUCAAACCCCACCCCUCACCUCUUCUCCUCACCUCUUCUCCUCUUCUUUCCUCUCCUGUUACUUUCUUUCUUUUACCAAACACCUCUUUCUCUGCUUUUGCUUCCUUUUGACUUUCCAAGAGGAUCAGCUGUGGGUAGGUAGGUGGUUUGUACACUAAGUUCACUUGAAGUUAAUUUUUACAUUUUUUUUUACAUUUUAGUCAUUUAGCAGACGCUCUUAACCAGAGCGACUUACAGGAGCAAUUAGGGUUAAGUGCCUUGCUCAAGGGCACAUUAACGUCAUUUAGCAGACGCUCUUAGCCAGAGCGACUCACAAAUUGGUGCGUUCACCCUAUAGCCAGUGGGAUAACCACUUUACAAUUUGGGGGGGGGCCCUGCACCAUAUUUUAUUUUUAGGUCAAAAGAACAACAUGGCUAUUCUAGAUAUGACCACUUAUACUGGUGUAGUGCAGUAGCAAGAAGGCUGUAAUGGGAAAUGAACAUGUUUCUGUCUCACAUCCCAUAAAUCCUGUGUGUUGUUGCCAGGUCUACAGAUACUUGUGGUUCACUCCACUGCCUGUCUGGAUGAUGUUGUUUGAGGCCACAAGUAGCUGGUGUCCAUUUUCAGUUAACCAACCAUGCAAUAACAACAGACUACCUGAGAGAGGACAUACUUUGUAGUAAAUCUUCCAUCAGUUUCUCCUACAUAGUCUACAUUUAUUUAGUCAAAAUUUUUGCCAUUUAGCAGACGCUCUUAUCCAGAGCGAUUUGUAGGAGCAAUUGAGGGUUAAGUGCCUUGCUCAAGUGCACAUCGACAGAUUUUUCACCUAGUUGGCGCUGGGAUUUAAACCAGCAACCUUUGGGUUACUGGCACAAUGCUCUUAACCGCUAGGCUACCUGCCACUCUACAAACAUAGUCUCGUUUGUAGAGCAACAUGGAUGGUGCCUAUACCCCAACUCUGUAAACAGCCACAAUAGAGAGAAAUAGUAAUGCCGUCUUUUUGUAGGCACUAACUCCGCCAUGGUUCGUUUUGUAGGGUUUUUGGAUAAACACCGAAAAUAAAGUCUGUGGUAAACACAGGCUUAGGAGAUCUUAUACCUUUUGUUCUAUGAUAUCUUCAUCAGCUAACGUAACUUUUUUUAAUUUUGAGGCAUUUAUGUAAUUUAAAAAAUCACGUAAAGGCUUCAUAAUUCAUAAAGGUCAUGUUAACUGAGUGAUAUUAUCUCAUAGAACAAAACGUAUAAGAUCUCCUAAGCUUGUGUUAACCUCUGACCUUAUUGUCGGCGUUUAUCCCAAAACCCUAUUCUUUCCUCAUUCAUUUUCCCUAUAGGGAUGGCUGAACGAACCAGAGGUAACUAAUUUCUGUUUUUAAGGACUACAAGCUGGCGAGCUCUAUGAGUGCAGCAGAACAUCUUGUCUCAAUAUGUUAAAGGGAACUGGAAACAGAAGAAAAGGGCAGCAGCAGCCGACGACAUGUUAAACUCACUCCUGCUACCGCCCGACCCAGCCCAGCCCAACCGCCUCUCUCUAAUUGAUAGUAAAGUGAAUAACCUUGCCAAACACCCAGUAUUCUGGCUCUGAGUCUGUCUGACGUAUUGUCGACUCAGACGCUUGUUUCUAAAAGCCUGGCAUACUGGCAGCUUUGGGGCUGGAGCAGCUCUCUACUGGGAUGUUUCUCCGGCCAGAUUUAUUUACAAAGCCUCAGAAUAGUAAAAACAUGUUUUUUUGUUUUUUUUGUAGUCAAUGUAGUCCACUGAUGCAAAUAUAAUUAGUUAUGUUUCGCAGCUGAAUAUAAUAGAGACUUCAUGCCACAUGCCUGUAGGCACUUUGGUUGUCAUCUCAGUCUGUACUUCAUACUCUACAUACUGUCUCUGUAGUUAUUAUUUGACCUUUGACCUUCCUCCUGUCUACACCCCCUGGACUGCCCUGUCUGCUUGUACAGGUUACAGGUAUAGUAGCAGCAUGUGUGUUCAGCUGCAUCCUGUGUGUGUGUUUCUCUGGGUGUCUGCUCGCACAUUAUCUCAGAAUGGUCCAAGUGUUUUUAGGACCCAGUUGAAUCAAUGCUCUUUCUCUUUUCCUGAUCCUUUACUUUGCUUCAUCCUCUUCUUCUUCAUUUCCUCUUUCCUCAGGAGGGGGAGGAGGAGGAAGAGACCAAGUUAGUGUUCUAACAUUAACUGUGACAUACUGUCUGCUAGCUCUGUAACUGUGGGAUGAUGUGAUUAUCGGUGCUGUACUGCUGAACAUGAUGACUGCAGCGCAAUUAGAUUAGUACAGUAGGCAUGCUGGCUCCUUUCUGCCAUAACCCUCAUAAACCUCACUCAUACUCAUGUACUUACUGUAGUACACCCUCAUCUCAGAGCACAAAACAACCUGCAAAGCCACCCUGUAAAUAACCCACAGCAAUAAGCCAUAAUAAGACUUGUGGUCCACUGAGGCCAGUUCAUUCAUGCUCUGUGCCAUGGCAUCCCGGCCCGGUCCACUUGGAAAACUAGUGUAUUUACACCCAUGUGCGUUCCAAAUGGCACCCUAUUCCAUUUAUAGUGCACUACUUUUGACCAGAGCCCCAUAGGCUCUAUAGGCACUUUAAAGGGAAUAGGGUGCCAUUUGUGAUGCAUGCCCACCAGGCCCACCCCCAGGGUCCAGGCUGCAACUCAGAGCCCUGUAGGCUGACCUGUCACCACUCAGCGGGGCUACUGAACCCUGUCCCUGCAUCUGUCCCCCUCCGUCUGUCCAUCUGCCACCGUGUCACUCUGUUUACCCAAGGCCACUUAUUAAUUACCAGCCAGCUAUUCCACUGUGGUUCUAGGAAUAGGACCGUCACAAUCUGACCCCUGACCUCCAUUCACUUAGAAUACACUCACUGACACGUGCAAUAGAAUAGAACACAUGCUGGAGAGCUCACAUGCAGAACACUCAGAUAUAUUCACACUUGACUUGCCCCAAGUGCAUAAAUGCACUUGUAGCUAAUGUAACAAACAGACACAUUGAGAUGAGUGUCUAAACAUGAUUUAAUUCAGGACAGGAAUACAAAGAAUGUAUCUGUUCUGGUCCUGAGCUCACUGUAAUGUGAGGUCCAGUGGUUCCUCCUUGUGGUGAGAGAUGGUACUUUCACCCUUGUUUAUAACUAUUAAACAUACAAUGUUGCUAUUUAACCCAUAAAGCAUAUUCCAGAUAGCACUAAAAGCACAAUGUCAUGCUAUAAUAUGAGUGUCUCUGAGUUAACACCAUGUAUGUGGGCUGAAUCAUGUAAUUUGUGUCAUGUCAUCUUCAUAGGGGUUUUGGAGGUGGUCAUUACAGUUAUUUUGAAUUGAUAGCUAUCUGUGUCAUUGUAGCUGACUGCUGCUCUGCUACGUCUAGUUUAGCUGCUGUUUCUGAUAGUGGGCCUCAGAGCAUUCUUAAGUAAGUAUAGCCUGUAGUAGCAAUGCUCAUACUUUAGUUCCAAAGAGUUUUAGCACCUUGGAAGUACAAUAGUCCGUUUUUCCUCCCAAUCUUUUCCAGUUUCUGAUUCUUCUCCUUCUAUUAUCCUAUUUUCCUUUCUUACCUCCCUCUCAAUGUCCGUGUGCAGAGUCCCCCCAAAGAGUGGCCCUAGGAGGUACAGUAAAUGGGAAGUCUAGCAGUGGCCACUUCACUGAGUGAAUGUCUUGUCUGAGUCUACCUGUAGUAUACACUGGGAGUGAGAGUGUGUUUGUCUGUACCUGUGUGUGAGAGAUUUGUUUUGCACUUGUGUUAUCCUACUGUAUGAAAAAUAUUAAUUAAUGACUGAAUUUAAUACAUUAAUCGGAAUAAUUACUUAAUAAAUAAAGUAAUUAUUAAAAGUCAUUUUUAUGAAUGGUGAAUGCUAAUAGUAAUUGGAAAUAAAUGGUAAUGAUGAGGAUGAGGAUGAUGAAGAUCGUAAUACUUAUUCUCUGUGUGUGUGGCCUCAGGAACAGAGUUGAACCAGAGUUGAACCAUGCCUCGCCACUCAGUGAGGCCAGUAAGAAGCGUAUGAUCGAGGACACAGAGGACUGGCAUCCUCGCACUGGCACCUCCCAGUCCAGGUCCUUCAGAAUCCUGGCUCAGAUCACUGGCACAGAGAACGGUGGGUACCCCCUGGCACCCUCCCCCUUCCUCCAAUACCCUGACGCAUAAUGACACCCUAGUUACUUUUAUGUUGGGUACCCUGGCACCCUCAUACCCAGGCUAGAACACAUGCAGCACCACCAAUACCUUGGCACAAUGGGAUUAGAAAAUAGAUAUGUAUCAUAACUAGAUCAUUGUGUUCUUACAGUAACCCCUCUGAAGUGACCAUUUGACCUUUGCCUUUUCCCCUAAGGGAAAGGUUACAUAAGAAGACUGUAGUAUAGAUUACAGCAGUGCUGCAUGCUAUUCCCAGUGGCACAGGUCUGUGUCUGUGUUCUGGUCCCCCUGGCACAGCUCUGUCUCUGGGCCUCAGCAUCCAUCUCUCUGUCAUCACCCCAGCCCUGUGUGUGUGUUGGACCUGCUCUGCUAAUAUAAACUGACAUGAAGCUGACAAGGAACAGUGGAUAAGAUGUCCCGCUCUACUCCAGACAGAGGCUGAGGUUACCAAUACAGAGUUGAAUAUGUUUAAGGCUGUUGAUAUUAUGCAAAUGGUGCUGGAGAGUGGUUUGUACAGCUGUAGAGUAGAUGUGGAGAGUGGUUUGUACAGCUGUAGAGUAGAUGUGGAGAGUGGUUUGUAGGUGAAGAGAGGACUGAGUUCAACUGGCAAGGACUGAGUUCAACUGGCAAGGCAGGGCUAUCUCUGCCAUGUGAUUUUGAGCCCAAUCAUCCAGCCCUCACGUGGAGUAGAGCUAAUUGAGGUGCACCCUUGGCCAACUUUUUUUUAAAAAUAGUUAUAGUUUUAUUAAUAUCUAUUGGAUUAAAAUUAGCAUUUAAAAAGCAGUAUAACCACUCUUUUUGGCUGGACAUCCCUUCAGUUAUUUUCUAUUAUAAAACACACGUCUACACGCACGUUACAAUCUCUGCAUUUAUGUUCAUGAGUUUCUUUUCUCCUCUGUUGACAGCCCAAGCCCAGGAGAACAGCACUGGAAAGAAGUGAGUAGUUGAUGAUUUGUCAGUCUUCUCCAAUGUGAUCUGGUUGUAGUUUCCUGGUGUGUGAGUGUGAUGCUGUUGUUGUUACUGUAACUAUGUUGGGGUGAUCACAGCUUUCUGGCACUCCAUGUCUCGUCCUGCAUGUCACAGGAGCUUCUCAUUAUUGGGAUUCCGUGUUUAGCCCAUACUUCCUGAUCCAUGAGACGCUCAGUAUCACGCUUAGUUUAAGGCUUCAUUACAGGAAGCCACAUCAGAGGGUGCCCUCUGCGGUGGAAACCCUAGUAAAAACAGCGCAGGCUGGGUUAGCUGGGUCGGCCAACCCUCAAAGCCUUCUGAGAGCUGGGGAUUCUCAGUUCUGUGUUCUGCCCCCAUUCAUCUUCAGUAAACACACCCUGCUGGUCUCCAAACCAAAGCCCCGGACAAUCAGCAUGUCACGGUGGGAUUGUGGGUAAUUAAGUGGGACUGUGGGUAAUAAGGGCCUGCCAGGAGGAGGCUCUCACUCUCAGAGACAUGUAGUUAACAGACAGCACGCUCCCAAAGACAGAACUCUCCUAUCAGGAGAUAUCAAGCCUCUUGCAAAUCUUAUUGCUUUAUUUCUUUUACCUGUAUUUCCUCAAUUUCCCAGUAUUUUCCUGUCCAUUUCUUGUCUAUUACUUUUUUCUUACAAUUUCUUUCUUUCCUUUCUUCCUGUCUGCUCUCCUGUGUCCUCUCCUUGCUCCCUUCUUCCCUACCUCCGUCUCCCCUCCUGUCCUGUGCCGUUUGGUGUGUUAGGAUGAAUAAACCGGACCCAGAGGUUGUGGGACAACUGUACAACAAGCUGAGAGACUGGCACCACGAUGUUUCAGCACGCACACUCAACGUGCAGUAGACUAUGUAUCUGGCUAAGAUAACAGUGUACUAUAUGUAACCUCUACCUGCCUGUGUUUUAUUUAUUUCAAUCUGCCUGUAGUUGUCUCCCUGUGUGUGUGCAGUGUAUGUCAGCCUACCGACAGUUAGGCAGAGUCCAUUAUAUUUCACAUUAUAAUUCACAUUAUACCUAACAUUAUCACGUACACUUGUAUAGUUACAGGAAUAAGUUAGUGCAUCAUUUAGGUGUGUGUGUGUGUGUGUGUGUGUGUGUGUGUGUGUGUGUGUGAACCUGCGUGAGAGUGAUUUUUCUGUCUGAGUGUUAAAUACUCUCCCUUAGGUUACCUUGCCUUUUUUUACUACUUACACUAUAUAUACAAAAGUAUGUGGACACCCCUUCAAAUUAGUGGAUUCAGCUAUUUCAGCCACACCCGUUGCUGACAGGUGUAUAAAAUCGAGCACACAGCCAUGCAAUCUCCAUAGACAAACAUUGGCAGUAGAAUGGCCUUACUGAAGAGCUCAGUGACUUUCAACGUGGCACCAUCAUAGGAUGCCACCUUUCCAACAAGUCAGUUCGUCAAAUUUAUGCCCUGCUAGAGCUGCCCCGAUCAACUGUAAGUGCUGUUAUUGUAAAGUGGAAACGUCUAGGAGCAACAACGGCUCAGCAGCAAAGUGGUAGGCCACACAAGCUCACAGAACGGGACCGCUGAGUGCCGAAGCGCUUAGCGCAUAAAUAUUGCUUGUUGUCGAUUGCAACACCCACUACCGAGUUUCAAAUUGACUCUGGAAGCAACGUCAGCACAAUAACUGUUUGUCAGGAGCUUCAUGAAAUGGGUUUCCAUGGCCGAGCAGCCGCACAAAAGCCUAAGAUCACCAUGCGCAAUGCCAAGCGUCGGCUGGAGUGGUGUGUAGCUUGCCGUCAUUGGACUCUGGAGCAGUGGAAACGCAUUCUCUGAAGUGAUGAAUCACUCUUCACCAUCUGGCAGUCCGACGGACGAAUCUGGGUUUGGCAGAUGCCAGAAGAACGCUACCCCCCAAUGCAUAGUGCCAACUGUAAAGUUUGGUGGAGGAGGAAUAGUGGUCUGGGGCUGUUUUUCAUGGUUCGGGCUAGGCCCCUUAGUUCCAGUGAAAGGAAAUCUGAACUCUACUGCAUACAAUGACAUUCUAGACGAUUCUGUGCUUCCAACUUUGUGGCAACAGUUUGGACAAUGCCCCCGUUCACAAAGCGAGGUCCAUGCAGAAAUGGUUUGUCGAGAUCGGUGUAGAAGAACUUGACUGGCCUACACAGAGCCCUGACCUCAACCCCAUCGAACACCUUUGGGAUGAAUUGGAACGCCGACUGCGAACCAGGCCUAAUCGCCCAACACAGUGCCUGGCCUCACUAAUGCUCUUGUGGCUGAAUGGAAGCAAGUCCCUGCAGCAAUGUUCCAACAUCUAGUGGAAAGCCUUCCCAGAAGAGUAGAGGCUGUUAUAGCAGCAAAAGGGGGACCAACUCCAUAUUAAUGCCCAUGAUUUUGGAAUGAGAUGUUAGACGAGCAGGUGUUCACAUACCUUUGGUCAUGUAGUGUAUAUACAGAUAACUGCCAAAAUAAAGGAAAUACCAACAAAGUGUCUUAAUAGUGCGUUGGGCCACCACAAGCCAGAACAGCUUCAAUGGACCUUGACAUAGAUUCUAUAAGUGUCUGGAACUCUAUUGGAGGGAUGCGACAUCAUUCUUCCAUGAGGAAUUCCAUAAUUUGGUAUUUUGUUGAUGGUGGAGGAAAAUGCUUUCUCAGGCGUAGGGCUGGGCGAAAUGGCCAAAAUAUCAUAUCACAGUAUUUUUUAAAUUUUAUGAUGGUAUUUUAUGUUUUUGAGUAAUAAAAGUUCUAAAUGUGAUUUAAGAGUAGUGCGUGACCUUACGGUGGGUCUUUCUCCAUUCUGAUUGUUUUAUACUGUUCAAUUGAACUUCAACCAACAUUUUUUCCCUGCAUUUCCAUAAAUUUCUGCAUUCCCUGCACUCAUUUGAGAUAAUUUCCACACUGCCACGUAAGGCUGCACGAUAUGGGCAAAAAAACAAGGCCUUAUUUUUUACAGAAUGUUGUAAUUGCGAUUUGACUUGUGAUUUAGAUCAAAACACUUAGGUGAACUGCUGGAACCAUGGAAAUAGAAUGAUUAUUCUAAUUCUAUAGUUAGAAUAUAAAUAAUAGUAGGCACUUUGAAUACAGUGUUUGACAUGACAACGAAUGAAAAUGCCAGGGAGAACUUAUUGUGACAGGUUAGGAACCAAAUUGAUGGUCAGUGUUUCCUAGGGGACCCUAUAAUCUUUGGCUACAAAAUGUUUCUUCAUGUAGCCAACAUAUUCAUGCUUCGCCUAUUCGUCUUUGAUUUAGAAGAUAAUGUUGCAUAAACAACAUGCUGAUUUAGGCCUACUUCAUCACUGGUACAAGGCUGUAUUAGCUAGCUACGUUUGCUCUGACUCAGUACAUUUAUUAGCUAGCUAGCCAGCUAACUAGCGAUUAGCGGCUAAAACGAUUUAGCUAAAACUUGCUAAGAAAAUACGAACUAUCUCUCUGCAGAUGUAAGAAACACAAACUAAUAGUGUAAUUAUAGAACGUUUGUGGAUUUAUAUGAAGAAGAAUUGCAUGUGCUGCACUGACCUUGCAGACUGAACGCAAGUGUCUUGUGGUCAAGCAACAACAAAUGCGCUCCUUGAGUGACAGGGGGCGGGGCUAAGUCUGUGUGGAACGCGGCAUGGAGCGAGAGCUGGGAGGGAUGACUCAAGUAGCGGCGUAAACUAUACAAAUGUACGUCACACACAACAUAUCACAUUUAACAAACCAAAGAUUAAAAUAACGUUAUAGGAGGUAAAGACAAAACCCAAACCGGUCAGUGCAUCAAUACCGGUAUAUAGUAAAAUACGUUAUACUGCCCAGCCCUACUCAGGCACGGCUCCAGAAUCUCCCAUAAGUGUUCAAUUGGGUUGCGAUCUGGUGACUGAGACGACCAUGGCAUAUUAUUUACAUAGUUUUCAUGCUCAUCAAACAAUUCAGUGACCACUCUUGCCCUGUGGAUGAGUGCAUUGUCAUCCUAUGGGGGCGUAGCCAAAACAAUGGCCUGCCCAGCAUUUCUAUCCAUGACCCUAAGCAUGAUGGGAUGUUAAUUGCUUAAUUAACUCAGGAACCACACUUGUGUGAAAGCACCUGCUUUCAAUAUACAUUGUAUCCCUCAUUUACUCAAGUGUUUCCAUUAUUUUGUCAGUUACCUGUAUCCUCUUUGUAUACGUAUGUGUCUGCAUGAGAUGACUUUUCUCUGUAAUAUACUUAUAGGUUUGACUUAGUUUUUGUGUCUAUUCAGUUAAGUUUCUUCUUCUUUUCUGACAUCACUAUGUCUCCAACUUAAUUAUCUACCUUUCCUUCUCCAUGACUAUCUUGAUAUUUUAUCUUAAUUUUGUUUCAUUUUAUACACUAACCAUAGUUAUGCUUGAAGAUUGUUGCUGCUUGCAUCUCAAUAAAGUUAUAUCCCUUAUUUCCUGUCCCCUCCCCUUUUCAUUUUCUUCUGUUUCUUGUUUUCCUGGGAAGUACAGUAUCUAAACACUUGAGACCUACACAGCUAAUGGACAUAUGAGGCAUACAGAUCCAAUGGCUCACAAGCAGUUUAUACAAAAGACACAAAGGAGCUCCUAAUAUCUUAGCUCCACACAUACAGUACAGUUCUGUCUGCUUGACCUAGUAGCAAUUCAUAUUUAUCACCAGUAGAGGGUAGUGUUGUCAAGGCAAAUUUUAAAUACAGUGUAGCUGACAAACAUUCAUACAAUUGGAUAUGACCUGGAGCAAGUCAGACUCUGUUCUUUUCCUAAGGGCAAGUGCUUCUCACCUGGGAUUUGAACCAGCUUCCUUUUGGAAACAGCUUGGAUGAUACCUUGAUACGCUGAACACCAGCACUAGUACAGACCUAACCAAGCAUUAUUUAUAGAACCAUCAAUAUGUCAAUGUCAUCGAUGACAACAUUGCAGAGACUGAAAGAACAGUAAAAUAGGCAGCAGGCCACUGUUGUUAUGAGCAGCUCCACUGCAUACAACAUUUCACAGAGAGAGAGAGUGAGGAUGGAGAGGGAGAAAGAGAUAGAGACAGUGCCAACACUAAUUGUUUUCCUGUUUACUUAUUGCUGUGCCAUCUGGACACUGGGCUGUAUCACGUAUCCUUAUUGGAUCAAUCUGGCUAUGGUUUUCAUCAGACACAGCUUUUAAUCCAAUCAACUCUCCCCCUAAUUGGCCUGAUUGGUUGAGUGUGUCACUGAGCUUCCUGCUAAUUGAUUGUGCCUGGUUAGUGCCUCCGCUGGAUGUGACUCAGUCAUGCCUAUCAUAAUUAGCCUGGUUUUAUGUCUUCAAAACAGCCCUUCCAUUGCCCCUGUAUUUCCAACAACUAUUUUGCUAUUUUUGGGUGUGGUCUGCACAUCAUUUCACCUUAAACAUGUACUCGAACAGGAGGAGAACCACAUGCUUUAUAUUGGGGGUAGGAGUGGAGAGAAUGUGCAGAAUGUGGGAGUGAGUUUUACUAUAGCAGAAGAUAGUAAAGUGAAGUCUGUAUAGUUUUUAGUGGGGAGGUGUGUUGUGAUGGAAUGACAUUCUAACAGCUGAGAUGUGUUCUGAGUCCUGGAUAGAACUCCUACUGUACUGUAACCAUGGCUAAGGUUGCCAUAACAAACAUGGCCUGAGACUGACAGGCAUCAGUUUGCACAGCCUGGCGAUGUGGAUAGUCAUGAGUAAACAACACCAGACCUUGAGAACUUCAACGCUACUGGGCUUAUUAUAAGCUAAAUACUAUAAAGCGAAAACAUUUCUCUAUGAUGGAGUGUCUGUGUGUGUAUUUGUGUGUGUGUGUGUGUGUGUGUGUGCAUAUGUGCGGGUGUGUUUGUGGGUGCCUGUGUGUUUGUCAGUGAACCAAUUACCUAUAACCAGUACCUUUCUGUUCUCCAGUGAAGUUGUUGAGGAUGCCAUGCCCAGUGCUCACGUCACAACAUCAGUGAAGACCAUGACCAAAGUCUCAGGUGCCCCCAGGAAUGGUAACGGUGUCCCCCCACCCACCUUCAAGACCCCCUCUACCCAGGUCAAACCCUCCUGGCCGGCUGGAGGUCCAGCAGGUAAUCUUACACACCCUGACACUACCCCUACUGUCUUCCUCUCUCUGCCUUUUCAGAGGAUUAUGUGGUUAGGUUAACUCACCAGGCUGUUUACACAUCUUGUUCAUAUUUCUGUUAUUGAGUGUGUCCUGCUGUUAAGAAAAAACUAGAUAUAUACUAGAAGCUUAGGUUUACUACAGCCUUUUUAAACAGAAAUGUCAGAAAUGCAAAUAUGUAUUUAUUUGUCUAAGUUAUGAGAGCUCUGCCCUUUACACAAAUAUUGUUUUAGGAGAAGAAUGCUUCUAUAGAUGAAUGCAUCUAUAGCAUGUAGUAGUAGCAUCAUUAACCCCUUGGCGUUUGCUUUGAAUGAAGAGGUUGCAUUGACUCAGACAGGCAACAGUAGUGUCAGUAUCUCAAGGUGACAUCCUCUGUAGUAGUUUAUUUUGACCUACAGAGGGCAGACGCAUGCUGUAACUGUAAAACCUGACUAUUAAUCAGUGCUUUUAUUAGAGCAACAUAAUGCCUCUGUUACACAGGGCUCUUCAAAAUGACGAGCUCUAUAAAACGUGCGGUAUUCAGCUAAUGACCUCAAAUUAUUGCCUAUUUUUCCACGUUUCCUGAGUUAAAUACAUUGUGAAAUUGGGAAUUAUAUUUUUGAUUUUCGACUCUUUAAACAGAGGAGAUUCAGGGUCUGUGAGAACUGUAGCUGCCUUGGAGUAAAUAUUUGCCGAAGGGCCUUGAGUUGGGAGUCAUUACUAAGAUGACUAAGACUGCAGUAUGAUCUAUAUGUGUGCAUAUAUACAUGGCCUACACAGAACUGUGUGAGGCUAGAGAGGUCCUGUGCUUGCUUACCUACUGCCUCCCUGGGGACCUCUUAAGUGAGAGCUGCUGAAAGGGGGUGUAUACGAGACCACAGGCACCUCUCUGUUAGAUACAGUAUGUAUCAGAUUAACGCUUACUUGACCUUGUGUUCACGAACAUAUACUUCAUACUGACCGUGUGGAACCAGGUCAGAUGCAUGGUAUAUUAUGUAUGAUUCUACCAUUCCCCCUGCUGGUGGAGAGGUGGAGAGAGAGAGAGGUGGAGAGAGAGAGAGGUGGAGAGAGAGAGAGAGGUGGAGAGAGAGAGAGAGGUGGAGAGAGAGAGAGAGAGGUGGAGAGAGAGAGAGAGGUGGAGAGAGAGAGAGAGGUGGAGAGAGAGAGAGGGAGAGAGGUGGAGAGGGAGAGAGGUAGAGAGGGAGAGAGAGAGAAAAACAAAUCUCCCAGAUGUUUAUCAGCCAGCACGAAGUGUGGCCAUGAGUCAUCUAUCCAGCCUACCUCUCACCAUGCCAUCCAAGAACAUGUCCCCUAAGGGGCUAGCCACUGCUGUCACUAGACGUUCUCUCAACAGGACGUUUAAAAGACCAACCUAACCAGACGUGGUUUGAUGGGCCUGGACCCGGGGUUUGGCAGCCCUGCUGUGGUUCAAGUGAAACGGAGAUAGAGAUCUCUAGUGUUCCCGGCCGUGCAGCCUGCCCAAAGCCUCUUCAGUGGUUACUUAGAGCAUAGUGCCAACACACAGUGAUGGUGUCAUAUACAGUUUGUGCUCUCCUUCCUCUUUCUUUCUCUCUCUCGUGCUCUCUCUCUUGCGCUCUCUCUCUGUCUUUCCCAUGGAUCUCCUCUUCUCACUUCUCUGCCAGUCCCCAGUCAUGUUUAUUCAGUUUGUUUGCUCUCCGUUACGAGGAAAUCGAGGGGGCACUUGCUUCCUGACCCCUCAGUCCGCCACUCUUUGAUUCUGGUCCUGCUUUUCAAUGGUCUCUGUCCCCCUCCACCCCUCACCCCCUCCUCACCCCCUCUGAGGGCAGACAUAUUUGACCCUCCCUGGAUGUCUCUGUGUAGCUGGAGAGAGAGAGGAGAGAGGUAAGAAUGGAGAAGGAAGGAUUGUGUCUUUCCUCUCCACGUUCUGUUCCGAGAGGAGUGGAGGGGGGGAUUAUUUUGCCAGGUGUCUCCUUUGGCUCUGGGAAUGUUUUUCUUUCCCCAUGGUGGAAAAAUGUAUCCUUUGUUUGGGUGGUGUGGAGUGGAUCUGCCCGACACAGCUGGCCCAUGCAUAAGACAGAGAGGUCACAGCUAGAUCUGAUACAUUCUGUCAGCAAGUAGCAUACUCAGUCAUACCUGAUCACACCUGCCCACCCACACCUGAGCUAAGGUUUCUUUAGGGUUAGCUAGCAAUGCAUAUAGCCGUGUAAAUACAGCUACAAUUCUCAUUGAUCAUUGAAGGAUCAGGAUGUUUGUACUGCUCUGCCUGUCUGCUGUAUGUUGUUAGUGUUCUGAUCACAUUACACAAAAGUUUGUGAAUGUUUUUAUAUAGCUCAAAUGGAUGUGAUUUUUUUAUAUGGUGUGAUUGAAACAAAUGACCCAUGCUGUAUUUUUUUGUUGCUUUAGGUUUCCCUAAGGGUGGAGCGGCGCCCUCUUUUGGCCGGGUUAGCAACACUGCACCAGUACCUGCAGUACCCAAAGGUCCUGACCGCCCUGCCCCCCAGGCGCACCCCAAGGACCAGGACUCCCUGGUGCAACGGGCCGAGCACAUCGCAGCAGGAACACGCACACCCAUGUGUGGCCACUGUGACAAGGUCAUCAGGUACAUAACGACAGUCAGUAUGGGAAAUUGGGAAUUUUGGACGCAGCGUAAUCCUAAGGGUUCACUUCUGAUUCGUUUCUCUCAUGUAUCUGAAGUUGAGUUUAAAGUUAAUUUUAUCCUGAAAACUGACCUCUGCCCACUUCCUGUUUUCCACAGAGGUCCGUUCCUGGUGGCCAUGGGCAUGUCGUGGCACCCUGAGGAGUUUAACUGUUCCCACUGCCACACGUCUCUGGUGGAGUCAGGCUUUGUGGAGGAGAGGGGAACAGUGUACUGUGCUCACUGCUAUGAAGAGUUCUUUGCCCCUACCUGCACCAGCUGCAAGCAGAAGGUCCUGGGGGUGAGUGACAUACUUUAGGAGACCGUAUGGUAUCUUGGCUUGUCCACCUUGCUCAGUUAUCUUCCUCUCCAAAUCCACGGACACAUAUUGAAAUCAAAUGAUGACAUUAUGACAGUAAUAGAAUUCCCUAUAAUCUCUUAUAUUUGUUACAGGAAGUCAUCAAUGCCCUGAAGCAGACCUGGCAUGUGUACUGCUUCCUGUGUGCAUCCUGCCAGCAGCCAAUCAGAAACAACACCUUCCACAUGGAGGACGGGCUGCCAUACUGCGAAAGAGGUGAGAGGUCACAGCAAGCAAGGUUUUUCGUAAUGAACACGACUGUGAAAUGAAUCUAGUCGUGAAAGUAACAUUUGACUGACUCUCUUCCACCCAGAUUACUACCAACUCUUCGGUACCAGUUGCCAUGGUUGCGACUUCCCCAUCGAGGCAGGAGACAAGUUUCUGGAGGCGUUGGGAUUCACCUGGCAUGAUACCUGCUUCGUAUGUGCAGUAAGUCAGCCCCCCAUGAGAUAGAAGUGGAAUAUAGAGAAUAUAACGAUUGUAGCUCUGAUAUUACUGUACUGUGACUGUCAUUUCCUAGGUCUGCAGCACCAGUUUGGAGGGCCAAGCCUUCUUCUCUAAAAAGGACAAGGCUCUGUGCAAGAAACACGCCCACACAGUCAAUAUCUGACCCGCCCCCAGGAGUGAAGAACAGAGGAAAACAGAGAAAUAAUCUAUUCUGUCAGCUGUAGAUAUUUUUGGUAGUUUUAAAAGAUUGAUUUAUCUGAUUAUGACAUUUAUUAACAGACAUGUUUGUUGAUGGGAAUUUAAGCUUUAUUUUAUCUUCUUUGAUAUUUCUGUGUGUAGUUUACCAUUCACCGCUUGUGCCAUAUAAGGGGAAAAUAUGAUGCUCAAAUUAAGGUAUGAUAAAAGUACCUACUGUAUUUUCAACAUUAAUUAAUUUCAUAAAUGCAAAAUAUGUGUCCACUACAUACUGUAUGAUCCCAUAUAAUUUAUGUAGUUUAAUAAUUAAAGUGUUAUUUUAGUAUAAGAUUAAAAUCAAUAUAUUACCUUAUUGAGAAGGAAUGUGUUAUUGAGGACAAUUAGAGCACCCCAACCCCAUUUUAUUCUCCCUCUCCCCUCCUCUCUCUGUCCUAUUUGUCUCUCUCUCUCUCUCUCUCCG